GGGCUCCUAUUGGCUAAGAAAAACGUUGAUGAGAACUUCAUAAUCUUUUGGAAGUUAGUUCUAACUUUCUUUUAUUUCCAUGUUUGAUCUGUAUGCAUUUCAAGCAAAAAAGACUAACAAAAGUAAUGGUCAAUGUAGGUUGCAUAAAAACACAUAAAGCAAAAUAGAAUAAUAUAUGCAUUGAAAUGUCCAAAUAUUUACCACCAAAAAGUCUCAAUUUCCUAUCACCUUUAAAAAUACACAUUUAAUGAAAAUGGUACCUUUCCUGCAUGGUUGCAUGUUUUGGGCAAAACAUAGACGGCUUGAUUUGGAAAGAACAGGUUUCAAAUGAUAAGACAUGAUCAAAUGCAUUCAAAAAUGUGAUAUUGUAUGCUAAAUAACUUUAAAUGUGUUUUCAUUUUUAAUUGAAAACAAUGAUAUUGUAGGCUAAAUAACUUUAAAUGUGUUUUAGAAUUGCUUGAAUCUUAGUUGUAUGCAGAGGUUGGUGUUUAUCAUUCUAAAUACCACACACCAAAACAAAAGUCUGUAAAAAUAGGGAAUGGAAAUUCUGAAAUGAUUGUUUGGGACUUUGAAAAACGCAAUGUUAUUAUAGCACACAUAGCUAAGAACCAUAUUAUUUAUAAAACAGUCAUAAAACAACAUUUAAAAGUGUGCUAGAUGUAGCCCCCAUAAGCGACUACAUCAGGUAAUGGCUGAAUACAGCAGCUCAGGUCCUUGUAGCCUGAGGCUCAGGCGCAGAGAAACAGGCAGGACUCAAUGAAUAACAAAAAAACUCUUAAAAAAAUUAAAGAAAACAUUAGGCACCUUUUAGGCAUGUUUAUCACAAAACAGGCAGAACAAGAGAGAUGUUUAACUGCUCAAAACAAGUUACGAUGGUGCCCCCCCCCCCCAAAAAAAGAAAAAGAAAAUACACAUUCAACUUCCCAAGCUCGCCGUUGUGCCCUUUCCUAUCUCAGAGGGGGGGGGGGGGGGGGCACCAUGAAGGAGUUAUGCUUAGUGCACCAACAUGGCGAGCAACAGCACUGCAUAGGAGACAUAGGAGACAUAGGAGACAUAGGAGACACAGAGGAGACAUGGGAGACACAGAGGAGACACAGAGGAGACAUAGGAGACACACAGAGGAGACACAGAGGAGACAUAGGAGACACACAGAGGAGACACAGGAGACACAGAGGAGACAUAGGAGACACACAGAGGAGACAUAAGUGACACAGAGGAGACAUAGGAGACAUAUGAGACACAGAGGAGACAUAGGAGACACAGAGGAGACAUAGGAGACACAGAGGAGACAUAGGAGACACGGAACAGGGUGUUACAAUAUAGGUGCGUUAAAUUCUUAUGAAUUAAACUUUUAGUUUUGUGUAAAGAGGAAUGUGUUGAACUAUAUCUCUGCAAGGCCACUCGCUAUUGGCUCCUCGUGGAUGACGCGGUCGUUACGCGUCAACCAAUAAAUUAAAAGCGACUCUCCUUUUCACUCGGUUUUCAGCAAGAGAGAGAGAGUGAGCGCGAGAGAGGGAGAGAGCGAGAGGCGUUGAAAAGGUAGACGUCGCCGCGCUGCAUGCUGGGUAACUCGCUCCACGGUGAUGCAGUGUUGUGGAGCCUGGAACCCAAAGUAAAGUAACCGGGGGAGGGUCGUCUGCGCGGGGGGGCUUCGCCGAGUUACAAUGCGUCCCUCGCGGUGCUGAGCGGUCUCCGUGAACGACGAGCCCACUUCUCCGGUCGCCUCCGAGCGGAAUGAGUCGCUCCUGAGCCCCGGGAACCGAGUCCCUCCAGCGGGGCAGAGCCAGCAUGCAGACGCCGCGCGCCCCGCUCCCCGCCGUCGGCGCGCCCGCUCCCCGGUAGCGCGCCGCGGGACCUGCGGGAACAUGGUCGAGAGGAGCAGCAAAUUCUUGUUGAUCGUGGUCGGAUCCGUGUGUUUCAUGCUGAUUCUGUAUCAGUACGUGGCUCCCGGGGUGAUCAAUUUCGGCUCCCCGCACCGGUAUUUCACGGAAGAAGACGAGGGGGACAUCUUCCCCACUCCGGACCCCCACUACGUGAAGAAAUACUACUUCCCGGUCCGGGACCUGGAGAGGACGAUCGACUUCCAAAUCAAAGGGGAGGACGUGAUCGUGUUUUUGCACAUCCAGAAAACCGGGGGGACUACCUUCGGCAGGCACCUGGUGCAGAAUGUCCGCCUGGAGGUCCCCUGCGACUGCAGACCGGGCCAGAAGAAGUGUACCUGCUACCGGCCCAACCGCAAGGAGACCUGGCUCUUCUCCCGGUUCUCCACCGGCUGGAGCUGCGGCUUGCACGCCGACUGGACCGAGCUCACCAACUGCGUGCCGGGGGUCCUCAACAAGAAGGAGAGCAAGCAGAAGAAUCUACGGAAGUUCUACUACAUCACCCUGCUGAGGGACCCGGUGUCCCGGUACCUCAGCGAGUGGCGCCACGUGCAGCGGGGAGCCACGUGGAAAACCUCCCUGCACAUGUGCGACGGACGGACGCCGACGCCCGAGGAGCUGCCCUCCUGCUACGAGGGCUCCGAUUGGUCGGGCUGCACCCUGCGGCAGUUCAUGGACUGCCCCUACAACCUGGCCAACAACAGACAGGUGCGUAUGCUGGCGGACCUGAGCCUCGUUGGCUGCUACAACAUGUCCACGGUUCCAGAGAAGAAGAGGGCCCAGCUUCUCCUGGAGUCGGCCAAGAAGAACCUGCGAGACAUGGCCUUCUUCGGUCUGACGGAGUACCAGAGGAAGACCCAGUUCCUGUUUGAGCGGACCUUCAGGUUGCGCUUCAUCAGACCCUUCAUGCAGUACAACAACACCAGAGCGGCCGGCGUGGACUUGGACAACACGACGGUGCAGCGCAUCGAGGAGCUGAACGAGCUGGACAUGGAGCUCUACGACUACGCCCGGGACCUGUUCCAGCAGCGCUACCAGUACACCCGGCAGCAGGAGAGGCGGCAGCAGCGCAUCAAGGACCACCUGCAGCAGAGCCACCAGGGCCUGGGCCUGGGCGUCGGCCUGUGGCCCUCCCACGGCCGGCAGAGCUCCGUGUCCACGCUGGAGGACGGAGGGGCGGAGCGGGAGGAGGGGGGGGAGGAGGGGGCGGAGAAGGAGGAGGGGGGGGAGGAGAAGGAGGAGCGGGAGGGGGGGGCGGAGAAGGGCGGCAGGACGGAGGAGGCGGGCGGCCGGCUCCCCACCGAGGACUACGUGAACCAGAUCAUCAACCGCUGGUAGCGGCGCAAUGAUGACACACACACACACACACACACACACACACACACGCAUAUGUCAUGUGAAACACACACACACACACAGGCGCCUGCAUCAAAAGACACAACUGACUGACAAACCGACUUUGCUGGAGAGUUGAGCUACAGGGAUGAGAGUCGCAUCGGGUUGCUAUGGAGACCUGGGCUUGGUCCAUUGCAUCAGCUCUCAUUAUUGAGGUGGGCCCCCCCCCCCCCUCCGACCCUCUGCAUCUCUCGGUCUCUCCUGUCAUCAUUACUGAGUGGAGGAGAGAUAUUUUGAAGAGUUGCAGACGACCGAGCAUCACUUCCAUCUCUCCCUCCUCCUCCUCCUCCUCGUUCUCUGUGGCCUAAUAAGGAGCAUGAGAAAAUAAAAUUAAGUCUGUGAAUCCCCUCAAACCCUUGCUGAAGAACCAGUCUACUUCCUGGAUCCUCCAAUUUCAGAAGAACUGGGACUGCGAUCAAAGUGCCGAUUCUCAGCUGAACGCGUCGUGUUUGGAGCGAUGAGAGACGGAACCCGACGGGAAGAAGCGAAGAAGAGUUGGACUUAAUUGUGUAAUAAAGCUUUCUGCUUUAAAAAAAAAUCUGCCAUUUUACCCAUGAACACGCUUUGGUCAUGAAAUAAUGACUCAUUCUCAUUUUAGGAUGAUUUUAUUUGUAUAUUCCUUUUUGUUUAUGCUUUUUUUAAAGCAGAAUUGUAAUAACACUGAGACCAAUAUUGCUGCCUAAAGAAAAGUGAUUCCUUUUA